UCUCGUCGGGAAGGAAGGAGAGAGAGACGACUCGCGCUGAGCUGUCAUCUCUGCUGUGUAUUUUCUCGCAGUUCUUCCGCAAUUGAUUCCAUGCCAGGAAUAACGGCGCAUUGAAAUUAUCAUGGCGUGUUUGAACACCCUCAAGCAGGAAAUACGGGUACUGGAGAACGCGUUUCCAAAAACAGACGAGCUGUUCCAAGUGGUGGCGGCCAGUGUUGACGAACUGACCUGCCGAUUUAUUUCCAAAACGAACAAGAAAUAUGACAUUCACGCCAAUAUCACAGAGACGUACCCACACUCCCCUCCAGUCUGGUUUGCAGAGACUGAGGACACUAACGUUACUAAUGCCAUUGAACGGCUCAGCAACACCAACGGCAGAGAUAAUCAUGUGUUACAGCAGGUGAAGCUCCUUCUGCGUGAAUUGUGUGCAGCAUAUGGGAUGGAGGAACCACCUGACCUAGAGGACAGACUAGACCUUGUUUCUGUACCUCAGGUCAUUAAUGGGAAUGACAGUAUUGACCAUCAUGAAGAAUAUGAAGAUUCUGAGAUGGAAGAGGAGGAGGAAGACAUGGAGGAGGACAUUCACUUGGAGAUGGAGGACAACUCCUCCUCCCAUGCAGCCCAAAAAGAUGAAGGCAUUGACCCAGGUAAUUUGGCCACGUUGGACCGGCUGAAGGCCAACCAGCGGCAAGAUUACCUUAGGGGAUCCAUUUCUGGUAGUGUGCAGGCCACAGAUCGCCUCAUGAAGGAGCUCAGGGAUAUAUACCGCUCAGAUAGCUUCAAAAAAGGAGUAUACAGUGUGGAGUUAGUAAAUGACAGUCUUUAUGAAUGGAAUGUCAAACUUCUGAUAGUGGACUCCGAUUCACCACUCCACAAUGACCUGGUGCUGCUCAAGGAGAAGGAGGGAACAGACCACAUACUAUUCAACUUCCAUUUUAAGGAGAUGUACCCCUUUGAGCCUCCAUUUGUGCGGGUUGUUCAUCCGGUGAUUAGUGGGGGCUACGUGCUGGUUGGUGGUGCCAUUUGUAUGGAGCUUCUCACCAAGCAGGGAUGGAGUUCAGCGUACACAAUUGAGGCCGUUAUCAUGCAAAUAGCCGCAACAUUGGUUAAGGGUAAAGCAAGAAUCCAAUUUGGGGCAAAUAAAGCUGGCAAAGUUAGCGUAAGUAUCCCAGGGCAGUACAGUUUGGCGAGGGCACAACAGUCAUUCAAGUCACUUGUACAGAUUCAUGAAAAGAAUGGCUGGUUCACACCACCUAAGGAAGAUGGUUAAGGAAGUGUCCCACUGGAUGUUGUCCCCAAGCCUCUACUUCAUCCUUCUGUACCCUCACUCUGGCUGUCACCGCUGCCUCUUCCACCGCCUCCACCUCUCCUUGGCCCCACCAUUUCCACUUCUUCAUGGUAACUCUCCUUCACAUCAACAUCUAGGAGUGGUUUAAGUUUUAUUUCUAAACUUUGUAGAACAACAUAAUUGGCCAAUGCAGUACUAGUUGCUGUAGUCACUGUAUUUUUUCUUCCUUUUUUUAAGGGAAUUCAUGAAUAUUAAGAAUCAUGGAGUUUCAGUUAAUAUUUUUUUUUAAGUGUUUCAUGCUAAAACAAAAAUACAGUGUCUGACAUAUAUGACUAGAAGAAAUGUAAAUCUUUAUCUUCAUUUAAUUACUUCUGGACUAGGAUUGGCUGUUGGACACAGGAGAUGAACUGUCAGAAAUAAUCAAUUUAUAUGCUUACCUCUGUUAAAUUUUGUUAAGUAUUCUAGCUCUUUAUAACUGAGGAAUGAUGCUUUCUGGACUACAAUAUGCUAUGCCCAAGAUAAGUCUGUAUUUGUAUUGGUGGAAAUGUGAUCUGUUUAUUUUUCUUUUAACAGAAUAUAUUGUCACUUUUGUGCGAGAAGGGUUUCUGUACAAGUUUUGUAAACUAGAGAGAGCUUGUUUUUCACCUAUGAUUUUUUGAAUGAUUUUUCUGCUAGUACUUUUGAGAGGCUUGAGUGUAAGGGUGUUUUACAUUUCUGCUGUAAUUUUAGAUAAUUUCUUUCUUUUAUUUCAGUUUUAUGUGCAUUGAUUCCAUCAACAAACAUACUCUCAUCACAUUUGCUCUCUUUGUCAUGUUUUUGGAAACUGCAAUUCCAUAUGACAAAGGUAGUCAUCAUUAUUACCUUGUAUAGUAUGUCAGUUUAUUCAGUUGUUUUCAUUUACAUUGCAUUGUGUAAUGGAUAAAUUGACUGAGACAGAAAUGUAGAUAUUUGUCAGGGAUACAACAGUGUUGGAUAAGGCCUGAGGGGGUAGAUCUGUAUUUUUGAAAUUUCAGAAGUCUGAUCAAGCAUGCAAUGACUGAUGGAUGAGGAGAUAUGUAUCAUCAUAGCUACAAAUUCCUGUUCUCUAUUAUUGAUUGUGAUCAACUUAUUAUUUUUAAUAUUUUUCCCCAUGAUAAAGCAGCAAUCCUCUGGCCUGUGCUUGAAGUUCAUAGCUAUUGAUCCUUGUGGUGCAGAGAAUGUACAUCUCAGGUUGGCCUUGUAAUCAAAAUAAAGUUUAUACUUAUCACUUGCCAACUCCAGGGAUUUUUUGGAAGAAACAAAAUAGUAUUGCAAAUAUGUUGGGAGGGGAAAAUGUUUAGAAUCCCAUUUUUCUUCUUUAAUAUGGCACUGAUAUUGCUGUUUUGGAUGAAAGAAAUGGAAAAUACUUAUAAAGAAUUAUACUUCAGAAUGGUUAAUUGGGUUCCAUGUUAUUUGGUUGGCAACCUUGAACUAAUCAUGUCAAGUAAAAGGGUUGAAAUGCAUCAAUGAUCAUUUGAAUGUAUAGAUUUUUUGUCAGAAAUUGAAUGUUCUAGCAGCUUAGUCAUAAUUGAAGAUUUUACAAAGAUCCAGUAACUUUUAGAUGGUGGUUGUUAGAGAAGUGAAGUGGAUAACCUUAAAGGCAUUAGAGUUGCAGCUGCUUUUGGGAGCUUUCAGUUAAUGCCAUUCAGUGAGGGAAUUUGAAAAUGAACAUGAAAGAUGGGAAUUCUUUCCCCGAUCGCAGCUGCUUAUUGGUGGUGACUGAUUAUUUUUUCACAUCUUUAAGAGGAAUAGAAGUGCUUAAUACUAAAGCAAGCAGAUGUAAAUAUUUGAAAUAUUUUUUUUUAGAAUGAAAAUGUUUGAAUCUCAAAGACAACAUUUACUACCUUUUUCUGUCUUUUUUUUCUGCUCUAAAAUGUGUAGUCACUGAAAUUUGAUUGGUUCCUGCCUCUUGUCUGUUUGGAAAGAAAAUAAAGCUGCUCUUUGCUAAAAAGGUU